UUACUCAACUACACCCUGUGUUUGGGAAAUAAACAAGUCAAGUUGCCGGAGAAUUUUUUUAAAUAAGUCAAUUUCUUAUUUUAAAUACCGGUAGAUUCACAUUCGAAAUGGGUGAUGCCGACAGAGCAAUGAACGAGGCGGAGGUGGCAAAGCCAACCGCCGGCAUCCAGGUGAUUCCUGCCGAGGAUGUGUCCUCCAUCGAGGAGAUAAUUACAAUCGAUCCGGAAUGCUACGAGCUGGAUCUGAAUCACCGGCGCAUCGAGAAGCUGGAGAACUUUGAGCCCCUCACACGGAUCGAGCGCCUGUUCUUGCGCUGGAACUUGAUCAAGAAGAUCGAGAACCUUUCGACGCUGACGUCCCUUGUGGAGUUGGAACUCUACGACAACCAGAUAACCAAAAUCGAGAACCUGGACGAGUUGACCAACCUGGAGCUGCUGGACCUCAGCUUCAACCGAUUAACCAAAAUCGAGAACUUGGACAAACUUGUGAAGCUGGACAAGAUCUACUUUGUGGCGAACCGCAUCACUGAAAUAGAGAACUUGGGCAUGCUGACCAAUCUCACCAUGUUGGAGCUGGGCGACAACAAGUUGAAGAAGAUAGAGAACAUUGAGAUGCUGGUGAACCUGCGACAACUCUUCCUCGGCAAAAACAAGAUUGCCAAGAUUGAGAAUCUCGACACUCUAGUCAACUUGGAAAUUCUCAGCCUGCAGGCGAAUCGAAUUGUAAAGAUCGAGAACCUUGAGAAGCUUUCCAAUCUGCGGGAGCUCUACAUAUCAGAGAACGGCGUGGAGGUUAUCGAGAACCUCUCCGAGAACAAGAACCUGGAGACCCUUGAUCUUGCCAAGAACCGCUUGAAGUCCAUUGGUAAUCUUGAGGAACUGCAUCUCUUGGAGGAGCUUUGGCUUAAUCACAAUGGCGUCGAUGACUGGAAGAACAUUGAACUACUCAAGGUAAACAAGGCCCUGCAAACCAUUUACCUGGAGUACAAUCCCCUAGCCAAAGAUGUGCGUUACCGCUCCAAGCUCCGUGACAUCCUGCCGCAGCUGCAAAAAAUCGACGCUACUUUGUGCAUGGUGCCGGGGUCUCAUUAAACAACCCCCACCAUAACCCGCUUAAAAGACUAAUCCACGGCGUAACGCCGAACCAUUUAUAUCGAUUACCUUUGGAAAACUUGCGUUUAAAAUAUACAUGAAAUUUAACCACA